CAACCCAUUACGUAGAAUUUCUUAGCCAUCACAGAAAUCUCUAAACAUAAAACCUAAAGGGGUCAAGAGGGAGAAACUCAAUUCCGGUGAUUACUACUCCAGCGCCGCCGCCGCUCUCGUCAUGGAUCGAGGUAUGUUUCCCUAUCUAUUAUCGAUUCGUGAAAUCAUAGGACGACCCACAAAAAUGCAGGCGGCGAUGAGAGGAAUGUUCCCGGCUUUGAAACCUAAUUACUCUUCCGCAACUUCCCAAUUCUUCUUCUUCUUCUCCAGAAGACAUUUCUCUUCCAAGCUCUUCAUCAGAGGUCUCCCUUUCUCCAUGACGAAUCAAAUGUUAGCUGAUGCAUUUUCUGAGUUCGGCAAGGUGGUGAAAGCUGAAGUAAUCAAGGAUAAAGAUAAGAAGAAAUCGAAAGGUUUUGGGUAUGUUACCUUUGACUCUGAGGAUGAAGCCCAGAAGGCAUUGAGAAGCACACACGGGAAGCCAAUGCAUGGGCGUGUCGUCUUUGUAGAUAAACAAGAAUGAUGCUGCGAAUGCCAUCGUUAAAAGAUUGAUGUAAAAGGUUUCAAAGAUAUGAGAUACUGCGCACGUUCACCUCGUCGAGGAAUACAAUGUGGAGUGUGAUCAACUGGCCAAGUUCAUGAAGUUCGGCAUAUUGUAUAACACCCCCGACGUUUAGAGUUCAGAUUCAACCAUAGUAAAUGAGUGGAUGGAUCGACGAUUACAUACUUAAACUUGAAUCGAGACCAUUUAUUCUUAUUUUAAUCUGCCCAUGAUUGCUUCGGUUACUCUUUUGCACAUAUAAUUAGGCGACCUAAUUUAGCUAAGGUAAACUAAAAGCUAAACCCUACAUCUAAUGAUAAGAGGGCGGCCAAAAACUAAUCCCCCACCCACGUUAUGCGUCUUCCGCAAGGAUCCAAAACCUGCCGCCUCCCUCUUUGAUCCCGAGCGGCACCGUUCAGGGAAAUUGCCCACAGUUAACGUGGUUGACCCAGGGAUUUGAAGAAACCAACGUGAGGGAAGGUGGUGGUGGAAUUUUACUAUGAUUGUUGGUGGAAGUUUUCCCGGGGAAUUAAUGAGCUAGCAGCGGCGGGAAGAAGAAAAUGGGAGCACAACGUCUCUCUUGGGAUUAAGGAUUAAAGAUGCUACUCCAUGAUAGGUUUAAUUAGUAGACGUGGGUGGAUGGACAUUAGUUGGGACAUUACUCAUUUGUCGAUGGCAAUGAGGAAUAGGGUAAGAGAGUGAUUUCAAGAGUUUCUUUGUACGCGCUUCAGGUUGGAGUCGGAAAUGAUAGCUAGAGGUAUGCAACGGGUCAAAGAGAACAGACUGCGCCUGUAAUCCGGGAUUAUUUGCUAAUCAGGUCGUGGUUAUACUAAGGUGAGUGUUCAAGGGGGUAAAUUCUACGCCUUACGUAUUUUUCAAGUAUUUGCCUUACGUGUUUAAAAAGUUGUUUUAUGUGAAAUUGUGUGCUUGCUUAUGUUUAUGGGUGAUGAUGUGGUGUUCUUUUGAUUCAUAGUUUGAAGGAUAUGUUUAUGAGGUUUGAGUAUUUAAUUGAAGCUUUUAUAUUUCUCUUGACGAUUAAGUUAAAGUGAUAAGAGCAAGAGAAAGUCAUAAGUAAGAAUAAGUUAACCUCGCUUAGCUAGCCAAUAGCUAGAUGGAUUCCUACCGGACAGUGAUAAGUUCCGCGGUAGUUGAUCACUACCGGAUGGUGACACGUUCCACGGUAGUUGGUCAGGCGUGGAGCCGGACGGUGAUGUGUUCCGCGGUUUCCAUUGCUUAGAUUUAGGUGUGCCACCGGAUGGUGAUACGUUCCUCGAUAGUCACGCCGUAGUUUGACACCGGAUGGUGAUUCGUUCCGCGGUGGUCAAACCCAUUUGAGGGGCACCCCAUUGUGAGGGUAGUCAUGUUUAAGAAGAAAGAAAGUAAGUAAGCUAGUAGUGGCACCAGCUAAGUCGAGGUAGGGGCCCCAAUAAGAUAAAGGAUGAGAUAACACAGUUUUAAGAGUUAAAGUUUGAAGGCGGAAGUACAAACAACUUCCAUAAGUUUAAGUAAGUGUUUCAAGCAAAGUGCUCAAGUAUUAAAAGUAAUAAACGUAAGGGCGUAGACUGACCCCAUCUCACUCACCAGUUUGAAAAGGACUAAGAGGAGUUAGAGAGCAGCGAGUUCGAGAGGAGCAGUUUGAGGGAAGCCAGCUAGAGGAGGGAAGUACAAGCGCCACUGAGGAUGUCUGGUCAAGGCUUUCAGGAAGCAGUAGCCUUAGAGACUUUUUAGUUGUUUCAGUUUAUGAUUAUGAGUAUAGGCUGGAGAUCAUUUUGAGAUUUUAAGGUCUGAGUUUACCCAAGUGUCAAGCUUUGUGUUUAUGUAAUGAUAGUUGUUUUCGGUAUUUAUUAAAGUUAUUUGUGAAAUGUUUCCUCUAUUUUUCUAAGUAUUUUCAGUUCUUAUUUUAUUUCACGGUUUAUUGAGGGUAUUUUGGUAAAAUUAGUACCCGGCCGGGUUAGGGUAUUACAUAUUGGUCAACAAAUGCGGAUCCAUGAAGAUGUUUAAUGAUUGACUACUAGUUGAACUUUCCUCUUGUUGGAGAAGGCUGAGUAGGGACGAAUCAGGUUUGUAAGCAACCUUCAAGUCCUUUACAUGAGUGACACCAUAUCUCCAAAUUAGGGCUUGACAUUCUAGGGUGAAUGGGAUUUUGAUCGAGACGGCUCAAUGUACUGUGAUUGCAACAUCACUCACUCAUUUUCAGUAUUUUAAAUGUUAAAUCUUGAGUUGUGUUCGAACUUCAAAGUCGGGCAAUUUCUCUAUCAGCAAGUCAAGAACUUGUUUGUGUUCAUGGUGGGUGAACUAAAAAAGUCUGAAGCCGAAAGACAAUCGAUUUAUCAAACUUUUCUUCAUAUUCAAGUCCUGCCGUUUGAAAUGUUUCAGAUACAAAUCCAUUGGCGAAGUCUAAGGACCAUUGUGUGGAGGCUUGCUUCAAGCCAUGAAGGGACUUCGCGAGCUUUCAAACUGGGUGUUUGAAACCAGGUGGAGGAGAGUAACCAGGUGGGAGCUUCAUGUAGACAUCUUGGUCCAAGUCACCAUGCAAGAAUGCAUUGUUGACAUCAAGAUGGUGGAUAAACCAGGAUUGAGAGGCAGCAAUGGCAAGGAACAGGCGAAUGGUUGACAUUUUGACCACUGGAGCAAAGGUAUCCUAGUAAUAAACUCCUUCUUGUUGAGUGAAUCCUUAUGGCAACCAACCUGGCUUUUCUUCUCUCAAGGCUACCAUCUGAAUUAAACUUAAACUUGUAAACCCAUUUGUUGCCUAUGAAUCUUGUGUUUGCAGGUCUUUCAACGAUGUCCCAAAUAUGGUUGGCUUCAAGUGCUUGUGUUUCAGACUUCAUGGCAGCAUUCCAUUUAUCUGAUAAGAAGGCUUCCUGGGUCUGUAGUAGUAGUAGGAGAAGAUUCAUCAGCAUCUGUUUCAAAAUGAAUAUCAUUGAUGAAUGGUUCUGGGUCUGAUGGAGGAGAGGAUGUGGGGUGAUAUAGAGGGCUGGAAUCAUCAAAGAGGCCGAUUGGGUUAGAAGAUUGAGGGUAGGGGCUAGAAGUAGGAGGGAUGGUCUGGGUGUUUUUGAAUGGAAAAUGAUCCUCAUAAAACUGUACAUCUUUGAAGGUAAAGACCUCAUGACUGGCUAUUUCAUAGAGUUUGUAUCCUUUGAUGCAUGUGGUAAAACCUAGAAACACACAUUUGCGUGAACUAGAAUCAAAAUUGGUUUUUAUG